GGCUUAAAACAAAUUGUUUACUUAAUGAUAAACUACAGCAGGAAAUACAAUGAAAUCUGAAAUUUUUAUUAGACUUAUUACUAUGGACUUUCUUAUUUUGAAAUACGACACCGGAAGUUGUUUUAAAUGCGUAUUCGUUUAUUAUACGGGUCAACAACUGCUGCUUUACCAGAAAGCAGAAGGUGAUAAAGUAACGUAAUUUGGCGAUGUGACAUAUAUGUCAGCCAACCUGCGUACGGUUGAAAAGUUUUCAGUGUGUGUUGUCCGCUGUUUUAAAUGGUGCUGCGGUAAGGAGUGCUGCAGUCUUGUAAAAGGAUAACCAUGGCAAUGUGGAUCCAGGCCCAGCAGCUGCAGGGUGAUGCCUUGCACCAGAUGCAGGCCUUGUACGGCCAGCACUUCCCCAUUGAGGUGCGGCACUACCUGGCCCAGUGGAUUGAAAGCCAACUCUGGGACUCAGUGGAGUUGGAUAACCCAGCAGAGGAAACCAAAGCCAAGCGUCUGUUGGAUAAUCUCGUGGCCGAGCUCCAAAAAAAAGCCCAGGUCCAGGGAGGAGAGGACGGCUUUCUGCUCAAGAUCAAGCUAGGUCACUAUGCUAGCCAGCUAAAGAGCACCUACGACCGUUGUCCUCUGGAACUGGUCCGCUGCAUUAAACACAUCCUGCAGUCAGAGCAGAGGCUCGUUCAAGAAGCUACAAAUGCCAGCAGUGGAAGUGGGAGCCAGGCCAUGGACACGCUAUCACAGCGCCACCAGCAGAUCAACCAGGCCUUUGAGGAGCUCCGACUAGCCACACAGGAAACUGAGAAUGAACUGAGAAAGCUGCAGCAGAGCCAGGAGUACUUCAUCAUCCAGUACCAGGAGAACAUGCGCAUUCAAGCCCAGCUGAGCAGCUUGUCUUCACUGGCUCCAACUGAGCGCACCCAGCGGGAAACAACCCUGCAGAGCAAGCGAGCCACUGUGGAGGCCUGGCUCGCCAGAGAGGCCAGCACACUACAGAAAUACAGGCUUGACCUGGCAGAACAGCACCAGAAGACCUUGGGCCUGCUGAGGAAACAGCAGACUGUGAUCCUGGAUGAGGAGCUCAUUCAGUGGAAGAGGAGGCAACAGCUGGCUGGCAAUGGGGGUCCUAAUGAGGGGGGGCUGGAUGUUCUGCAGUCCUGGUGUGAGAAGCUGGCUGAUCUGAUCUGGCAGAACCGACAGCAGAUCCGACGCUGUGAACAUCUCACCCAGCAGCUUCCUCUGCCGGGGCCCAUGGUAGAGCUGCUGAGCAAACUGAAUGCUGACAUCACUGACAUCAUCUCUGCCCUGGUUACCAGCACCUUCAUCAUCGAAAAGCAGCCGCCCCAAGUGUUAAAAACCCAGACCAAAUUUGCAGCCACAGUUUGCCUCCUGGUGGGCGGGAAGCUCAACGUCCACAUGAACCCACCUCAGGUCAAAGCUGUCAUUGUUAGUGAGCAGCAGGCCAAGGCUUUGCUGAAGAAUGAGAGUACGCACAGUGAAAGCAGUGGAGAAAUCCUCAAUAACAACUGUGUGAUGGAGUAUCACCAGGCCACGGGCACCCUCAGUGCACACUUCAGAAACAUGUCACUGAAGCGGAUCAAACGCUCGGACCGUCGAGGUGCAGAGUCCGUGACAGAGGAGAAGUUUACCGUUCUGUUUGAGUCCCAGUUUAGCAUUGGGGGCAACGAGCUGGUCUUCCACGUCAAAACUCUGUCCCUGCCUGUGGUCGUCAUUGUGCACGGCAGCCAGGACAACAACGCAACAGCUACGGUCCUAUGGGACAACGCCUUUGCUGAGCCGGGCAGAGUGCCGUUCAUUGUGCCAGAGAAGGUGCUGUGGCCCCAGCUGUGCGAGGCCCUCGAUAUGAAAUACAAGGCAGAGAUGCACAGUGGGCGUGGCCUGUCAGACGACAACCUGGUCUUUCUUGCACAGAAGGCUUUUUCAAGCAGCAGCAACAACUCUGACGACUACCGCAGCAUGACCAUAUCCUGGGCCCAGUUCAACAGGGAAAGCUUACCUGGACGCAACUUCACCUUCUGGCAGUGGUUUGAUGGAGUAGUAGAGCUUAUGAAGAAACACCUGAAGCCUCACUGGAAUGAUGGGGCCAUUCUGGGCUUUGUAAACAAGCAGCAGGCACAGGACAUGCUGAUGUCCAAACCCAACGGCACUUUCCUGCUGCGGUUCAGCGACUCUGAGAUUGGAGGCAUCACCAUCGCCUGGGUGGCAGAAAACCCCAACAAAUCAGGUGAGAGGCUGGUCUGGAAUCUGCUGCCUUACACAACCAAGGACUUCUCUAUUCGCUCGCUGGCUGACCGCAUCAGUGACCUGAACCAUCUCCUGUAUCUGUAUCCUGACCGGCCCAAAGACGAAGUCUUCGCCAAGUACUACACUCCCCCACUUUCAAAAGCAGUUGAUGGAUAUGUGAAACCACAGAUCAAACAAGUCGUGCCAGAAUUCACCACCCCGAACCCUGAACCCAGUGCAGGAGCUACUGCAUUCAUGGACCAGACUGCUUCUCCCUCUGUGACCCACCCCAACAACUUCAACGUCUACCCUCCCAUGGCUGACGGCAUGUUGGAUCCCGAUGGGGACUUUGAUCUCGAGGACACCAUGGAUGUGGCUCGUCAUGUGGAGGAGCUGCUCCGCAGGCCUAUGGCCAACCAGUGGAACAGCCAGCAGUCCUAAACCAGACACCCGCACCUGCGGCACACCCCGAGGUCAUCUCCAUCUGGAAACACUCACGCCUGCAAAACCACCUGGACUGCAACCAGGGCAAGUCGGGCAGAUCUGCGUCACAUUUUGUUAUUCAGGUUUCUCUUUAGCUGUGUCCAAAAUGAGAAUGCACCUGGUGUCGAAUCCUUGUCUACUCGCCCAAGACUUUUUAAAGAAGUAAAAUCAAUGUUACUGCCAUUCAACAAGCUUUAGAUCCUCCCCUGCUUCCUGUAGUUUCUCACUGCUGCUGUCUGGAGGCAGUUUGCUUCAGUUGGAUUUUUAUUAAAAACUGAGACGGGUCGUUCUCAGCAGAAGCUUUGCCUUUGUAUGCGCCCGCUGAGCAUCAGGAGACGUGCACGACACAGAUAACACACAGCUUAAGUCCCUUUCAGACACGCACUCACUUUUCUGUUGCAUUGUGAUGUUAAGGGCCGGCUCAUUUACAGUAACGUCUGAAUGCACACGGGCACAGCUGGAGGAAUGACUCCGUGUCCUGGACCUGUUUGUUGUUGCUCGCCUGUUUCUAUUUUACAGUAUGAUUAGACUGAUGCAUUUCCCAAUCAGGAAGCCUGAAGCUGUCUCACACACUGAUCUCACUGUGGAGAAGUUCAGCUACACCUCACUGCGUGUCUGAAAGGGCCUUAAUAUCACUGUGAGGAGCUCUCUCUCCCAGUACACAGGCAGUACUGGUUACUGUGACGCAUAGUUAACAAAUGUAUUCUUUUCUGUAUUACAAAGAUGAUUUUCUUUAUUAUUGUCAAGAAAAAUGAGAAGAUUUCCAAUCAAGACUUAAAGAAAGACGAUGUAACUUAUUCCAAAUCUUGAGUAAUAGCUUAAAGUAGAAAUGGACAGCCAGAAGGAAACAAACUUGCCUCCUAGUAAGGUACCUAUUUAUAAUUAGCUCCUGAGCCAAGCUGUGGCCUAAGCUUGAGGACAGGUUUACCCUCCUAGGACCUGCCGUCCACAUAUGUGGACAUCACAUUUUGGGUUAUUUAGACCAAAAUAUUGAAUUGUGCUGUACAGGAGCCUGGACGAGGACAUUAUACUGCUACUGUUCUAUCAACAUUUUAAACGAAUAUCCUCAUAUGUGGCUCUCAUUUUUCUUAAAAACAAAAAUAAGGUAAAAAAAAUAAAUAAAAGAAAUCUGGUAAUUCUUUGGGGCCCGAUCAAUGUAAAAACAAUGUGACCAAAUAUCAAAGAGAAAUUAAAAAUGCUGCUGUGGAAGAGUUCGGGUCUCAGGAGGCUAAAGCUCCCUGUUGGCUCAGUGUGAGCCAGCGUCUGUGGGCCGCAGCUGUUUCAGUGUUUGGUUGAACCUGCAACAGCUGCUGUUUCUGUAACAUGCUACACACCUGAGAGCAGCUGCAGACUGAACGUUAGUAAAGUGACCCUGUAGUGUGGGGUAGCUGUGGAUGUGGGGCUUGCUGGCACCGACUCUAAAUUGUGAAUGUCGAUUGGCUAACACGGCGGUUUGUUGCAUCUCUUCCCUCAGAGGUUACUUGGUCUUCCUCGAAGUCCUGACAAUAAACUGUAAGAGGCGUGUUUAAAACAUGUUUCUCUGUGACGACGUUGAACCGAGCUGCCUUACUGCACAGCGCACUUAGGUGCUAUCACUAUAACUGCUCACUGCUUUGAAUUUUGUUGUUUGUCUUCUCUCAGAUGGAGUUUUAUAUUAUAGCAAUGAGAUGAACACAGACAGAUUUUAUUUUUUAUGAUAUUUUGUUGUUGUUUUAACUGUACAGAGUGGCCUGAGACCCCUGAGAACUUUAAUGCCAUUUGAAUAAGAAACAGUUUAUUUACCCAAA